CUUUUACCCGCACAUUACCGACAGUCAUGCGUUUACAUUAACGGGACUCCGAGACACCGACAGCCAGCUGCUCGCAGGCCGGCGGUCACCGUUAACCGGUUAUUGGAGCAGCCAGCGGGUUAGCUAGCGUUCAGAGGUUAGCAGCUACCAGCUAGCUACCAGCUAGCUAACAGCUAACCGAAGAUGGAGGAGUUUCUAUCGAGCUGCCAGCGAGCCGUGCAGGUGGGCCCAGGUGAGGCGGGCUCAGGGGUCCAUGUUGUCCUGGGUAAUGAGGCCUGUGAUGUGGACUCCAUGGUGUGUGCUCUGGCCUACGCCUACUACCUGUCCAAGACGGCUCAGAGUCAGAUGCUCGCUCUCCCUCUGAUGAACGUCCGUCAGUCAGACUUCGUGCUGCGUUCAGAUAACGUCUUCCUCCUGCGUCAGCUCUCUCUCUCACCUGAACACCUUCUGUUCAGAGAUCAGCUCGACCUGAGAGCGCUGCACCAAGAGGGACACCUGAGGCUCACGCUGGUCGACCACAACGUCCUGCCCAGUUCUGACAGUGACCUGGAGGGGGCGGUGGUGGAGGUGAUUGAUCAUCACCUGCUGGAGAGAGAAGCCUCCCCCUCUUGUCCUGUUACCAUGGAGAUGGUGGGAUCCUGUGCUACCUUGGUAACAGAACGCAUCAUACAGAAAGCUCCAGAAAUCCUGGACCAGCAGCUCGCUCAGCUGCUCUAUGCGGCGGUGGUGCUGGACUGUGUGAACAUGGCGCCCUCUGCAGGUAAGGUCACACCUAAAGACAGUCAGGUGGCUGCGUCGUUGGAGAGCCGAUUCCCUGCUCUGCCUCCGAGAGGCGCUCUGUUCAACACGCUGCAGAGCGCCAAGUUUGAUGUGUCAGGUCUUAACACGGAGCAGAUGUUGUUGAAGGACAUGAAGGCGGUCUCGGAAGGUUUAAAUCUCGCCGUCUCUGUUCUCUACAUCACUCUAGAGGACUUCCUGCAGAGGGCGGGGCUAGAGGCGGAGCUCUCAGAUUUCUGUCUGAAAUUCGGCUUUGACCUGCUGCUGCUGAUGACGAUCUCCCUUAAUGAGAGCAAAGAGCCAAUCAGGGAGCUCGCUGUGUUCAGCCACAACAACACCUGCAGGCAUCAGGUGAGCAGCUACCUGGAGCGGGCCCGUAACCCUGCCCUCAACCUCUGUCCAAUCAGCAGCCCCCAUCCUCACAUCACAGCAUAUGAGCAGGGAAACUCUCUGGCCUCUCGUAAGAAGCUCCUCCCCAUCGUCAAAGACUUCCUGAAGGGGCGGGACGGACACGGUCGCCUAGGAGACAUGGAGGAGGAGGAGGAGGAGUCUCAGGUCCCUCCCACCCCGAUGAACAGUCUGGUGGAGGGCUGUCCAUUGGACGACGGCCUGCCGCACAUCAGCGCCCAUGACCUCGAGGAGAAGUUCAGCAAGAUGGGCGCCAGAGGAGUACACUAACCUCUGACCUGCCAGCUGUCAAUCAUCAGGACACUCUGAGCACGCUCUGUCUGUCUGUCAGCUGAUCUGAUGAUGAUGAUGAUGAUGAUGAUGAUGAAGGUACCACUAACAGGAGGUGGAUAAACCUCUAAUGAUGUCACAGGUUCAGGUUAAAGUCCCUUUAUGAAUAUUUCAUCAAUUAAAAGUGAUCUAAAGAAGUGAUGAAGAAUAUCUGGAAACAUCUGGAGGAACGUCAGCAGGAAGUCUGCCCUUCAAAAUAAAGUCUUGAGUGUAUUAAGGUCGUCAGAAUUUCAAAGUUCCACAUGAUGCGAGUCAAAUUAAUGUUGAUACCUGUUUGUUACCACGGCAACAACAAUAGAAGAUCUCAAUGUUGAAUCUUUUAUUGUUUUUAAUGAUCAGAAAUCGCAGCAAACUGCGGCACACUGUCAAAGUGGGAGGAGCUUCUCCAGAAACACGUUAGUGUGCCUGUCAGUGAGACAAUCCUAACAGCCUACUGCCAUACGAGGGCGCCACAGUCUGCAGCUAUGAUGAUUCUUUUAUGACUUUAGUUCAUAUGACAGAGUUCUCUUUAAAGCUUCUCUACACCUGAGCAGGAAGAGAGAGAGAAUCGAUUAUUUGUUUGUUCUUUAAAGAGACAAAAAAAAAGGAGAAAGGCGACAAAGUGUGAAAUUUAAAAAAGUAAUGAAGAGCUGACGAUCACAUUACAGAAUUUGAAACCAGUCAAAACCGUCUCAGGUGAUUCUCCCUCCUAACUUCUUCUCAGACGAUUUUUAAAUAAAGUUUAGAGAUAAAUAAUUGAUUUGUUUGUCAGCUCUCUGACUGAUUUGUGAUUGGAUGGAACCCUUUAGUCUGUGUGAGAUGAGAAUCAGUGAAACCUGCAUUCGGUCUGGUCCUGCUGUGGGAGUGUGUGAUGAAGACUCUGUAAACCAAACCCUGUUCAGUUUGUGCUCUGGUGUUUGUAAACAAUCAACAGAAUCCAGGUGAGCUCAGGCUUACUCUGUGGCCCCGCCCACAUCUGGAUCUGUGAACCCUGACACCUGCGAGAAUCAUGUGAUGAGCUAUGUAUGCACCUGUGAGCUGCAGUGAUGUCACGGUGUCACACGAUGACAUCAUUGCAGCCAGGUGAGAAUGUGAGCAGGUGAAACUGAACCUUCAAAGCUUUUGACCCGCUGAAGAUUUGUCUGAAACAAUUUAAAUAAAAAAGAUUUGAAAGAAA